UUUUCAUACUAUUAGCCCCUAGUUCACCAUCUCGCAGUCCCCCUACUACCUGGCUCGACCCUCCAGGCCCUAACCUCAGUGCUCAAACCUCCCAAUAGGAGCUUUGCUAACACAAACUAACUUCAGUAACGAUGAUUCCCUUCGAGGCUCUGUUGCCCUAUGGCAUCAUGUUUUCGCCCCAUUGCUCCUAAGGACUUCAAGCUCAACUCGGUUUGGAAGCAUGUCGCUGUUUAUGGGCAGUAUGCUCAACGCGGGUUCCAUGGACGUGAACCAGGUCAGAGUUGAGGCUGCUGAGAGAGAGCUCGCUGCAAUGAUGGAUCUUUUCGGAAAUAUUGUUUCCAGCUGCCGCAGCAAGUGCUUCCCGCCUUACUACCAUGAGGAGGAACUCACCAAGGGCGAACAAUGCUGUAUUGAUCGUUGUGUCUCAAAGUAUAUGCAGACCAACCUCAUUGUUAAUGAGCAGUUCCAGCUUAAAGCCGACCCUACCAAACACACAUCUCUAUCUCAAGUCCUACCAACCAUGGGCCAACAUCGAAUCGCUGAAGUCUCCGAGUCAAAGUAA